AUGUCGUUAACAUUGAAGCUCUCCUCCUUGGCCAUUCGGACCUUGUCCAAACCUAUUGCAUCACAAAUCAAGGCCCAAGCACGCGAACAUGAACGGUUUCGCAAAAUCUGCGUCUCGAUGGCGCAAGCUCUCCAUCGAUUCGAUAUGCGUCUUCGGUUAGGCUCUAUCCGCGAUAACGCGGCCUCCCAAAAAAGAGCGGCCGCCGAAGCAGAAGCCCGAAAGCACAGACCCUCAAUGCCCACCGUCAAGAAUGCCUCCGAAACAAGAGCCGCGGAGGAUGCCGAAGCAAAGGUCAAGGCGGCCGCAGAAGAAGCGUCUAAACCCCAUCAUUACCGUAUCCGACCUUUGUCCGAGUCCAAGGCCAUCGAGUCCGGUGCCAACUUUAUCUCCGAAUCCUUCCUCUUCAUGGUCGCUGGAGGCCUGAUCCUGUUCGAGUCCUGGCGGUCUCGUAACAAGGAGAGUACCCGAAGAGAGGGUGUGGAAGGUCGACUAGCCGAGCUAGAAAAGUCUGAGCAGGCUGCGCGGGGGGCUCUGAUGGCACUGGAGAAAGAGCUGCUCCAACUCAAAGAGAAGCCUGUUGACUUGCCCGAGAUAAGAACCCUGGCCCCGGAAAUCCAUGAGCAGGCUCCUGAAGUAGACGAACCGGAAGUUGCACAAAGUUCACUGUCGAGCUCCUCCGAUCUCACUUCUGAGCAAAGUGCCGAGACUCCAGCCCCAGCUCCAGAGGCGCUUCCUACGCCGGUUGCGCCGAACAGAAAGUCUGCAUCUAUGAGUCCAGCGUUUCCUACGCCAACUGCGCCAAACAGACCCUCUGCAUCUGAGAUCCAGGCGCUGACUACGCCAAUUGCGCCAAACAGAAUGUCUGCAUCUAAGAGCAUGUCUUUAGUGUUAUCGACCUUGGCUUCCAACGCAUUGGCUCGCUGGAACCUUUUGUCGGUCGUUCCUUCCUCGGUGGAGCCUGCUUCUUUACCUCUACCACCUUCACCUUCUUUACCUCUUUUGCCUGUUCUACUUCAUUCGCCUCCCUUCAGACAUUCACUUCAAACCUCAACUCUCACGUCUAGCUUCCCAUCACCUUCUUCAUUGCCCCCUCUCCCACCCUCACCCAUCAUGGCUCCACCCGUCUCUGGAUUGCGCGGUACCUACAAUACGAACCUUCGCAGCCGGGAUGAAUGGGGGAGGAUCGGUCCUAUGAUUACGGCCUUGGGAACGAUGACUGAGACCUUCCCUCGGACCUCGGGACGGGACUUCAGCUUUGAACUCACUUGUCACUUCCCUCCAGUCCAGACGUUUGAUGCCUCUCGCUUAGUGAGGACUGUCAAUGUCAAUGCCCUACUCCUGUCGCCUGCUCAUUUCCAAGUCAAACACCGACGCGAUACGGGCACCACCAUUCAACAGUUUGCUGAAUCUAACAAGAGAUCUGCGAGCGUGAUUCUGUACUUGAUGGAUUCAAGCUCGUCCGGUGCACAGCAAAUCGAGGCCACUCAAGCACUUGGCGCACUGCACCACUGCCUGUCGCUAGGGAUUGCCGAUCCACCUCCCGUCCUAGUGAUUUCAGAUGCAUCAUACCUUCUAGAUUGCGUUGAAGGGUUCAUGAGGAGCCUGUCUCGGGUAAUUCACCUUGACAGCAAAGCCAGUGCCUUCGGUCAGAAGCUUGACACUCCAGUAAAGCGAGAGACCCCGUUCGGAAACCCUAACCUGCCGCCUUCAAUGAAAGUCAGUCCCUUCGCCCAACCUUUUGACUUAGCCAACAGACAGCCCUCGUUCGGCUCCAUCGCCAGUUCUACUACAGAGCUUACUGUUCCUGGGAGUUUCGGAACGCAUUCUUCUCUGUUUGGCCCCGGUGCCGGCUUCAAGGUUGCUGAGACCCUCGGAGCACCCAAGUCACUGUUUGGCCCCGGUGCCGGCAUCAGCCCUAGCUCUGGUCUUACGGCUCCGGUUACUGAGACCCCCGGAGCACCCAAGUCACUGUUUGGCACCGGGACCUCCCCCGCCCCCGAAGGGAACAAACCAUCACUGUUUGGCCCUGGCCCUGGCACCGGUACGACCGAUAGUUCUAGCUCUCUUUUUGGCCGCAGCUCCAGUGUAGCCCCCCAGGUGAGCGACAACCAGUUGAUUUCCAGACGAUUCUGA